AUGCAUACGUUGUUUGGGGAACAAAAUGCUUAUUACCGUCACGCGACGGCCGUACCCGUUGGAAUGGGUACCCCGUCGUAUCCCGGCGUGGGAGCCACACCUGGUUACUACGAACAGUAUCGAUACGGUGGAUACGCGACGGCUGCAGGUUACCCGGUCUCUGGCAUCACCCAACAGCACAUCCACCAUCCGGGCAAGGACAUGGUAAAGCCGCCGUAUUCGUACAUAGCUCUGAUCGCGAUGGCGAUACAGCACGCGCCCGACAAGAAGAUCACCCUGAACGGUAUAUAUCAGUUCAUCAUGGAACGGUUCCCGUAUUAUCGGGAGAACAAACAGGGCUGGCAGAACUCAAUCAGGCACAAUCUCAGCCUGAACGAGUGUUUCGUGAAGGUACCGAGGGACGACAAGAAACCGGGUAAAGGAAGCUACUGGUCCCUCGACCCGGACAGCUACAACAUGUUCGAUAACGGGUCUUAUCUUCGACGUCGUAGACGCUUCAAGAAGAAGGACGCUCUGAAAGAAAAGGAAGAGGCCUUGAAACGGCAGGGUUUGGUGCCGGAGAAACGUAGCCAAGAUGAUCCCAAGUCGAACAGUAUCGUGAUCCAACCGCCGUCGGACACCGUCACGAAGAAACUAAGUGCCCUGGACGCAACGCUGUGCAAACCGAAACGCGAACCGGCGAACGACACCGCUGCGAAUCACUGCAUGGCCGUGCAAGCCAAGUACGGUCUUCACAGUCCGAUUCAGGACAGUAAAACCACCACGACCACGGCCGUCGCGGUGCCCGGGCAAAGUGUUAUACAGACUGCUCUCGGUCAUCAGGUCCAUCAACCGCACCAGGUUCAUCAAGAUCCCAUUCAGGAUGUCUCGAUGGGCCUGGAUCCGACCAGUUUCACCGUAGACGCUCUGAUGACUACGCGAGAGAACACCGCCGCUGCUCUGAUGUCCAGGGAGAAUCAACACCACACACACCAUAAUCAUGGUCUUCAGCAUCCUCACCCUCACUCGCACUCGAUAAUGACGAGCAGAGAGUCGAUGGGUACCGGGGUGGUGUCCAGGGAUCAUUUGUCUUCGGUGUGCACCACCACGACCACAACCACCGCCGCCGUCGCGGCGAUGAUGGCCACCACCGGGUACGGACACGGCAGCACCGUGUCCAGAAACAACGGUUCCCCGCCCGGCACCAUGUACGCGCCUUACUGCACGCCCGCCGCCGGUUACAUAAUGGAUCACGCGGAGUACAACACGAGAAAUCACAACAACACCGCGGUCACGCACUCGCAAUGGUACCAGGAGGCGGCCAGCCCCGACGCAGCGGCUAUUUAUCAGGACACCCAAUCGCCGAGCUGUCAGCUUUACAGAUCCAGCCCGCCCACUCCACUCUCGACGAGCGCUGCCCCAUCCCCGCCUCUCUACCACAGAUAUUACCAAGACUGCAACACCGUAAACACCAGCGGCAAUUUACCAAUCACGUUGCACAAAUACUGA